UCCACAUGUCUGCAGGUUCAUAUUAAAACCUGAUGUAGCCCAUCAGAAGGAAAUGAGGAUGACAUGAUUCCAUUUUCAUGCUCCGGACUCGUUGUGGUGAUUAAUGGGACCGAGUGGUACGGAUGAGGCGACGCUGACCAGGAGGAGAAAGGGCGUUGGAAAUGUCAGACAUCUCAACUAUGACAAGAAGUGAGUAAAAGUCAUGGAGCUAUCCGCUUACAUCGUGACGACGGAGCCGGUGAACGCCACUAACGACAGUUUCAUCACGGCUUCCUCCGCCACCGAGGAUGAGAGCGCAGAGAGUCUCGCCUUCCAGAUCAGCCUGGCGGUGCUUCUGUCCGUCAUCACACUGGCCACCACUUUAUCCAACGCGUUCGUCAUCGCCACGAUCUCGCAGUCGAAGAAGCUGCAAACUCCUGCCAACUUCCUCAUCGCGUCCCUGGCCCUCACCGACCUGCUCGUGUCCAUCCUGGUGAUGCCCAUCUGCGUCCUGUACACCGUCAUCCACACCUGGACGCUGGGGCAGGUCGUGUGCGACAUCUGGCUCUCCUCGGACAUAACGUGCUGCACCGCCUCCAUCCUCCACCUGUGCGUAAUCGCCCUGGAUAGGUACUGGGCCAUCACGGACGCGGUGGAGUACUGCAAAAAGCGCACGCCGGGACGCGCGGCCGGGAUGGUGGCCACGGCCUGGGUCAUCGCCAUCUCCAUCUCCCUGCCGCCGCUCUUCUGGAGGCAGGUGAAGGCGGAGGAGCUGACGAGCUGCGGCGUCAACACGGAUCAUAUUUUCUACACCAUCUACUCCACCUUCGGGGCUUUUUACAUCCCCACCUUGCUGCUCAUUGUCCUCUACGGGCGGAUUUACGUGGAGGCUCGGAAGCGCAUCCUCAAGCAGUCCCCCAAGAAGGCGGGGAAGAGACUGACCUCCGCGCACCUGGUCACCAACUCCCCCGGCUCCGUGACUUCCACGACCUCGCUGCAGUACGGGAGACACGACGGCCCCCCCCACGACAGCGCUUCCUCGGCCGGGGACAACCAGGUGAAGGUGACGGUGUCGGACGCGCUGCUGGAGAAGAAGCGGAUCUCCGCGGCCAGAGAGAGAAAAGCCACAAAAACUUUGGGGAUCAUCCUCGGCGCGUACAUCGUCUGCUGGCUGCCCUUCUUCAUCUACACGCUGGUGGUGGCCACAUGCGACACGUGUCUGAUCCCCGAGCUAUUUGACUUUUUCACCUGGCUGGGAUACCUGAACUCCCUCAUCAACCCCAUCAUAUACACCAUGUCCAACGAGGACUUCAAGAAAGCUUUCCAUAAACUUGUGCGCUUCAGGUGCUGCAGGUGGUGAAAAACUGUUUCCAGUAAAAGCAGCUGAUGCAUUUAUUUUUGGAUAUAAAGCUAUAAAAAAAAAUGGAGCAGUAAGAAAACAAUAUUUUUGAGACUCUUAUAAUAAAAAAAGAAGAAGCUGUGCAUGCAAUGGAACAACAACCAAUUUCCAGGCAUCUGUUUGGAGAUUUGAAAUGUCAGGUUCAUAAAACAGAAACAGAAAAUGUGGAGUGAAAUCAUUUCACACAACGUCCUUGUAUUUAUUCUUGCAAGAACGAAAACAUGAAGAAAUAGUCUCUCCAGCUGAUGGGCCACCCUGAGUGGAAAUCAAUAUAAAGCACAAAACAGACCUGGAAGGCUUGGACACCUUUUGGAGAGUUGUGGGUUGGAGAUAGUAGAAUAAUAAACGCUGGAAUAAAAGCUGCUUUUAAUUGGCGUCCGCUCUGUAUUUGAAAGUUGCUGCAGUGCAUGUUAUUCCCACGCCACGGCCGAGUGUGAGCGAGCAGCAGAGACCAUCAACCCUCGUUUUUAUAAGUCAGACGACUCUAAUGAAAAUAUGGCUGAAGGACACAGAAUCCAAUUUCCAUUGUGCACAAAUGUGGUAGAUUAAUAUUUUCUAAAACUCAGCUGCGGUGAGUUUUCCAUCCCUGUGUGUUCUUCUGUGACAUGAUAACGUGCAGUAGGCGUACAGUGAGGCCCUGUUGCUGUUGCCCUGUGGUUAUCUUAUUUAUUUAGAGAGGGACAUUCAUGCAGCUGAAAAAAUAGCCUGAAGUCGGCUUGUUGUACCAGGCGCUAAGAAAAUAAUUCACACAAUACCAUAUGUCAAACAACGAAACUGUAUUUACCCUGCAGAGCUGAACACCGAUGAUAAGUUCAAUUUUACUGAGCAAACAUCACCUUGUGUGUGUGUGUGUGUGUGUGUGUGUGUGUGUGUGUGUGGGGCUCUGUUUGCUCUGACAUCAAAUGUGUAUCUACAGUAAGUUCUGUUCACAUGUGGUUGGCCCCCUCAUGGCGACAGAGACUCAUUUGCUGCUUUGACUGACGGGCUCUGGCCUUCAGAGCC